UUUUAACUCUCUCUCUCUCUACAGCUUCAUUGCUCAAAACAAUUUUCUGGGUAAAUUUGUUUUUUCUCUCUUCUCUCUCUACUUGAUUCCUUUUCCAUUUCUUCAUUUGCCUUGCAUUUCAGUUUGAGCACUCAGAGAUUUCUCAUGCCUCACAUUUCCUCAUUUCUUUCCUAAGGAUUUUAAACAAGUGGUAUCUCCGUACUUAAAUUGAGAUAUUCAUCAAACACGAGUAUCAAAUCCAGAUGCUUAAAAAAAUUGAAGAGUUUGCGUAGAUUGUGAAAUAAUAGAGUAUUCUUCAAAGGUCUCAAGUUUUUCACUAAUUUAUAUCUUUUCAUUUACAAACUCUGCAACUUUUAAGUGCCAAAAUGCCUAGAUCAAGUAGGGGCUCAAAAGUGCCACAAAGGCAAUCUCCUCGAGGAUCAAGUUCUGAUUCAUAUCCUCUGCGUCAUCGGGCAAUUACUGAUAGUAGUAGUCCCAAGCUCAGAGAAUGCCGUUCCCGAAGUGGUACUCCCCAAUCAGGUCCACUAAAUCAGAAGAAACUCGGCACUCGCAUUGCAGAUUUAGAAACUCAACUAGGGCAUGCACAACAAGAGCUAAAGAUUUUGAAGCACCAGUUGGAUUCGGCAGAAGCUGCAAAGAAAGAAGCUCAAGAACAAUUGGAAAAGAAGACCAAGAAGCCAAAAGCUCCCCAAAAAACUCAUGAUUCUAAGAAAACACACAGCUGCAGCCUCAGAGAUGAAUUUCCCGAAGAUAAUCGUCGAGAAACGGAUGUCUUUGAAGUCCCAAUGGAAAAAGUAGCAAUGGAACCCAAGCUGGAAGUUGACACAACCGAUGCAAUAGAAACCUCAAUUGAUCCAACAACAGCAUUGGAGCCAGAGAAACCACCUUUGAAUGACUUGGCUUUGAAAGAUGAUGAGAUCAAUGUGCUAAAAUCCAAGCUAGCGGAGAAAGAAAAUGAGGUUAUUGCCUAUGCUCAAGAAAAUGAGGACCUGAAAAACCAGUUGAAUGAAGUGACAACAAAUAUAUCAACUGCUAAAGCCAAGAAAGCAGAAAUGAGCUUAAGUUUGAGACUAGUUAAACAAGAGCUAGAAGCAAGUAAAAAAUUGGCAGCUCAAUUGACGGAAAAACUCCGAUCUGUAGAAGGGCGAAAGGAAGCAUUGGAAGAAGAGAUGAAGAAGCUAAGGGUACAAACAGAACAAUGGAGAAAAGCAGCAGAUGCUGCUACAGCUAUUCUUUGUGGAGGUGAGGAAACGAAUGGGAGGCUCUCCAACAGAUGUAGCUCUAUGGAUAAUAUUCAUUUCGGUGGUGUGUACACAGGUUAUGUUGGAUCACUUGGCUUGGAUGAUGAUGAUGGUGAUGGUUUCCGAACUGAAAAACGAAAGGGCUCCGGGAUCAAAAUGUUUGGAGACUUGUGGAAAAAGAAAGGUCAGAAAUGAAAGUGAGUCUCUGUGAUAUUCAGGGAAUGGUAUUUUUAGCUGUUCAUGUAUAAUAGCUGAGGUCAAAUGUUUGAAUUGUUGGCCGUCCGAUCCUUAGUAGGUAGUAUGGUUCUACAGUGUUAUGUUUAAACCAUUAAUAUGGUGUAGUGUUAUUUAUAUGAUUAGGUAUGGGUUCAUAUGUAAUGCGGCCAUUUCUUUAAGCCUUGUGUAAAAAGCAAGGGUUGCCCAUUCCUUGAAACCCCGUGUAGAAAACUAGGGUCUAGGGCUGAACAAAAAUGAAAAGAAAUUGAUGACAACAAAA